UAUAAAGUCUUUUUUUGAAUGCAAGAAAUUCUUAGUCGAAAAUUUAUCAUUUUUAUUUGAGUCAGAAACAAAAGUCUAGUGCUAAAUGUUUUCAUUAUAAAUGUUGGGAUUUUGGACUUGGUAUGUCUACGUAUAGGGUAAAUUUUUUUACCCUGGAUGAAUAAUAUCUCUUCAAUUUGCGUCGGCCUUUAAGAUAUUCUGUAUAGAAUUCUCAUCACUUGAAAUAUCCACCUAAUAAAAAUAUAACUUUUUUUUUGUUUUACUUGAGAUAGAUACUUCUAAUGGUUUUUCUAAACCAUCAUCUGUAUAUAUAAGUAAAAUCCAUGGGCGAUAGCUAUAUUAUACUUUCAUUUAUUUGUCCAAAAAGUAUAUAUAAUAUCUAAAAUUAGUUGUUGUUAGUUUACCUAAUUAGGCUAGUAUAAUAUUAAUCUCUCAUAUAAUUUACACAAGCGAUUAUAUACGCAGAAAUAUAAGACUUAUUUAUUGUAAACAUGAAAUUAUUACAUUUUUUAUCAACUAGCUAUGUUUGUCAAACUUUUAGUUGAUUGCUUUUAUUUAGGUACUUGUUUCGUUUUCGUCAUAAGGGUCGAGUGUAAAAGAUAUACGUACGUAGAUUAGAAGAUUUGAUCGCGACAUUCUGGACUUGUUACAUGAGAUGGUCAGCCUCAAUCUUUGAUUUUUUUCUUUAUUUUGUUCGUUUUUAAUCUUUGAGUCAAGCAUUUGUAUUUCAACAUAAUGACGAUUCAUAUUUGUUUUUUCUUUGACAUUCGCUUUCAUUGUGCCAAGUGCCAACCAAAUGUAACUUACAUAACAUCAAACAUAUAUAGACGUAUUUUCAUCGCCGCUUAGUUUGGUUUAUUAUACACGUACCAUAUAAUAACUAUAUAUAUACUUUCUUUCUUAAUCUUGCACUGUGUUGAUUGAAUUGUAUGGAUAAACCAACUAAACCUAUGAAAUCUUUCAAAACUUAAAUUUUAAGCCAAAUUUUAGCAAAAAUAAAACUUAAAUUUUAAGCUAUGUACAUAUAAAUAUAUUUGGGGUUUUAACCAUAUAUUCACUUCACUGAUUAAUUAUAUAUGAUAAAUUAACUCUCGAAUAAGUGUACUUGUCAAUAUGUCGUGUAGCCAUAAUUUGAAUUACCGUAUAGUCACUUAAAUUGGAUACUAGUUGCUCAUAGUAUACUAUUUUGGUUGAGACAGGCAUGUAUGGCUCCUGAUAUAGCAAGAACAACCAAUAUCUAAUCAAGUACCCUAAAACUAAUAAAUUUGGAAUUUGGCAUGAUUCUAAUUAGAUUUAUUAUUGAGUAAACGACAAAUAAGCGCUUUCGUUUUAUACUAAUCAAGCGCGAUUUUUUAAUUGCAACUUUGCACUAAAAUAUAUGCUAUAUUUAUAAAUAACCAAUUUGAUAAAGGGGAUAAACGCAAGAUAUAUCGUAGCACUCCAAGUCUCCAUCCUGACUAUGACUUGCGAGGAAGUCAAUGCUUAUCUAUCUUAACAUCCGGACAUAGUUUUUCAUGGACCUAUAUUUUAAGAUGUAUCUAAUUCUUGUAGAGGAAUAUGCUUCGAAGUUGAACGCGAAUGUUAGUCUAAUUCUAUUCUUUCUGUUUUGCUGUCUCUAUCUCUCCUUAAGGAAAUUAAGAAAUGGAGUGCAAUAAAGACAUUAGGGACCUUACUGCGCACAAAACUUGUCAAUCUAUAUGCAAAUAAAACGUGGGAAUAUGGAUCAAAACUCGUUCCGUUUCAUACUAGACGGAGACAUAUAUGGUACUUGAGGAUGCAUCAAAUAGCCACCCCAAACAAGUUAGGGCCGGUUCAAUAAUUUUAUUGACAUUUGGUCAAAAAAAAAAACUCUUAAAUCUAAUAUUUAUUAAAAAAUUUACCAACUAUUUUUAAAAAGUGCUGUAAGUAAAUUUCUUAAAUAAUUAUGAUAAAAUUAAAAAUACAUGUUCAUAUAAAAUAUUUUGGACUUUUUAUUAAUUUUUUAUUAAUAUAUAUAUAUAUAUAUAUAUAUAUUUUAAAAAUUAAACCUUUAACUAUUACUCCAUCCGUUCUAUAAUAUAAAAUAUUUUACACAAAUACAUAAAUUGAAAAUAAGUUAACAAUCAUAAAUAGUAAAAUAUUAUAGGUUAACUAAUUUUUAAUAAAGUUAAAGUACUUUUAAAGUAUCAAAAUGUCUAAUAUUUUGAAACAUCAAAACUUUUUCAAAAACAUCUUAUGGAACGAAAAUGGUUACACAAAAAUCUAAAACCCUAGCAGUACUGGGGAAUGCGCUGAUCCAAAUGCAUGGAAAAAAUGGAGCGAAGGCUCAAUGUUUUGAAGUGUUCAAAGACAUGAAGGAGAGGUAUAUAGUUAUCAAAAACACCUCAAGUACUGGUCUGGUCAAGAACUGAUUACUAGACAGUUGUCAUGGUGGGCUUUGAAUGCUUUCUAAUUCUUACUAUUGGACUCUAAUUCCAAAACUCUCAGGGCCACAAUUUGAGAGCCAACACUACACGGCGUCGUUUAACUAAUAUUCCACGUAGACAAUACAUAACCGUUAAAACGAACAUAAACCCAAUCCUGUUUUAUCUCCAACGGAAAUGCUCGUCUUCGCGCACUCUCGUCAUCAUCCAUGGAGUUCGAUUUCACCCACCAUCCACCUCCUCGGAACCUGCAAAACAUCACACGACUUAAACAAACUCCAUGCUCGAUUGAUCACGACGGGACUCAUCAAAAACCCCGAUCUCACGACGAGGAUCGUCCUCGCCUUCGCCUCCGCCUCCGCCUCCGCCUCCUCUCGCCGCCCGUUUCUCGCUGAAUUCGCGCGUUGUGUCUUCCACGAGCAUCAUGUAUCUUCUUCCGGAGAGGUGGAAGAUCCGUUUCUAUGGAACGUGGUGAUCAAAUCUCACUCUCACGGAGUCGAUCCGAGGAAAGCUCUGUUCUUGCUCUGUUUGAUGCUCGAGAACGGUGUUCCCGUGGAUAAAUUCUCGUUCUCUCUUGCUUUGAAAGCGUGCUCGAGGUUAGGGUUUGUGAAGGAAGGGACGCAGGUUCAUGGGUUUUUGAUAAAGACUGGAACUUGGUCGGAUCUGUUCCUCCAGAACUGCUUGAUCGGGUUGUAUAUAAAGUGCGGUUGUUUGGGGUUCGCGCGGCAGGUGUUCGAUAGAAUGCCUCAGAGAGACUCUGUUUCUUAUAACUCGAUGAUCGAUGGUUAUGUUAAAUGUGGAUUGGUUGAAUCCGCGGGCGAGCUGUUUGGUUUGAUGCCGAGGGAGAAGAGGAAUUUGAUAACUUGGAACUCUAUGAUCGGCGGGUAUGCUCAGAGAGCAGAUGGAGUUAACGUGGCGGCGAAGCUGUUUGAUGAAAUGCCGGAGAAGGACUUGAUUUCGUGGAACUCGAUGAUCGGUGGAUAUGUAAAGCAUGGGAGGAUUGAGGAUGCUAAAGGUUUAUUCGAUGUGAUGCCGAGAAGGGAUGUGGUUACUUGGGCUAUUAUGAUCGAUGGGUAUGGGAAGUUAGGUUUGGUUCAUGAGGCUAAGACUCUGUUUGACCAAAUGCCACAUAGAGAUGUUGUGGCGUAUAACUCUAUGAUGAGUGGUUACGUUCAAAACAGGUAUCACAUGGAAGCUCUUGAAGUAUUUAACCACAUGGAAAAGGAGAGUCACUUAACACCAGAUGAAACGAGUUUAGUGAUAGUUCUCUCUGCUAUUGCUCAGCUUGGUAGAUUAUCCAAAGCCAUUGAUAUGCAUCUGUACAUUGUGGAGAAACAGUUUCCUUUAAGUGGAAAACUCGGAGUUGCUCUUAUCGAUAUGUACUCGAAAUGCGGAAGCAUACAACACGCCAUGGGAGUUUUCGAGGGAAUCGAAAGCAAAAGUAUCGAUCACUGGAACGCCAUGAUUGGUGGGCUAGCUGUUCACGGUCUUGGAGAAUCCGCAUUCGACAUGCUCUUACAGAUUGAAAGACGCUCCAUAAAGCCUGACCAUAUCACUUUCGUUGGAGUCCUAAACGCAUGCAGCCACUCUGGUUUGGUGAAGGAAGGCCUUCUCUGCUUUGAGCUCAUGAGGAGAAAACACAAGAUAGAACCGAGACUGCAACACUAUGGAUGUAUGGUGGACAUACUAGCGAGAUCAGGAAGUAUAGAGCUGGCGAGAAACUUGAUAGAGGGAAUGCCAAUUGAGCCAAACGAUGUCAUCUGGAGAACGUUUCUCACCGCUUGUAGUCACCAUAAGGAGUUUGAAACGGGAGAGCUUGUCGCGAAACACCUCAUUUUGCAAGGUGGCUAUAAUCCGAGCUCCUAUGUGCUUCUCUCCAACAUGUAUGCUAGUAAUGGAAUGUGGAAGGAUGUUCGUAGAGUUAGAACGAUGAUGAAGGAGAAAAAUAUAGAAAAGAUUCCUGGAUGUAGUUGGAUUGAGCUUGAUGGAAGAGUCCAUGAGUUUCUUUGUAGAUAAAACGAUUGUGCAACCAUGAUGUAAACCUAUUCUGCAACCCCUUGUGAAUCAAAUGAAGAACAAAACAGAGUAAAUA